GAGUGGACAGAAGGAGCUCAUGCAGUGGAGCACACAGCAGAUUUUGGUUUUCCUUGACCCACUUGCAUUAUGUCCCUGAAAUUCCUAUUUACGGCAUCGGUUGUCAUUCUUGGAGCAACUCUGACCAUUUCUCUGGCGAAUGUCACAGCACAGUGCAAAAUCAAGUGGUUGUUUGGUAUCCCGUGUGAAGAUGUUUAUGGAACAUUGGUGAAUCAGAUCAAGGCGUGGCAGAUCCAGCAAAGCUGCCUUGACGCAGGAGAGAUAUGCUCAUAUGAACUUGUAUCGUCCACUCCGGACCUGAUAACAGCCAUACACACGUCUCCAAAAACCAAGAAUGUCAACGACCUGCAGUUUCUUCUGGAGCAGUCCACCGUUUGCAAAGUGACCGGAGAAGGAAUGUCUGAGGCCUCUAAAGAUCCAGCAGAGAACAGUACCAACUUCUGCAGCCUUCAGAACCUAAUAGACGGAAGUGACCUGAUUGAAGCUGAGGGAUACAAACGCUUCACCAACAAAUGGAUCUGCGCUGACUUUGAGAAUGCCAACUGCACCUUGUCAUGAACAAAACAUCUUAACAUGAGAAUUGGCGAGCUCGGAAAAGAUCAGAAAGCUCUCAUUGUUUUUGUUUUUUUUCUUAUAUCUAGCAUUUAAUUUUAGACUAUCUGCAAAAAAUACUUUAAGUAUGCAAGGUGAGAAAAAGUAUUGCCUGAUUGUCAUUUUAAUGUAAAUUAUUAAUGCUGUUACACUACCAUAAAUAUUUACUCUUACAUAGUGCCUGUCCUAUUUUUACUCAUGCUGUCAAAUGGACUAUACGUUGGUUUAUAAUAAAUAUGGGGCUAAAAACACAGAAGCGGCUACACUACAGAAAAAAAAGAAAAAAAAGCUGGAGCUCUUUGUGAUUGUUAUGGACCUGGACGCUUUGGAGAUGAGGUUACACUGUAACAAAUUAGUCUAAAAAUACAGCACAAUUCUGACAGGAACACAAUAUUUCCCAUGAAUAUUUCAUAUUUUUAUACAAUACAUUCUGGGUUACAUUUACUGUUUGCCAGAAAUAUUACAGUUAUAAAAAAAUCUUAGAAGACAAUAUCAACUCUGAUUUGAAUGUCUGUGACCUACAGUCUUGUAAUGAUAAGUGGACUUUUGAUCAACCCAUGACUACUUGUUUACUACUACUAUGCAUUCAGGGAUAUUCUCCCAUGUGUGUAAGAGGUCAAAAAUAAAAAAAUAUAUACAUUUUAUUGAGUUGACCAAAGUGCCGCUGCUAUUGGAUAUUACACUGUUUUAGACAUAUUUAUUCAUCCAUCCAUUUUCUGAACCGAAAAAACUGAAGGACCAAAAAAAAGGAUGUACUAUAUAGGAGGAAGAAAAUUUGAGGAGACAUUAGAAUCAAUAACUUUAAUGUGAUAAAAGUAGCUCAAUC